CUCUCUCUCUCUCUGUCUCUUUUUCUCUAUUCAUCCAUUGAAUCCCAUCAUCUGUCCUUUCUUCUUCUUAUCGUGCAACGAAAAAAUUUUUGUUUUUCUCGUGUCGAGCCACCGGUAGUCCCAUUGCUUUCCAGUGCAUAACUUGUUGCUCAUACGUAAGCAGUGAUCCGAAACGUUUUGUCGAUUUCAACCCGCAGAACGUGAAGAAAGAAAGAGGGAGAAGUGAAGAAAGAAUAAGAAGAAGAAGAAGAAGAAAAAGAAGAAGAAGAAAAAGACGAAGAAGAGAAGAAGGAAGAGUAGGAGGAAAAAGUGAAGAAGGAGUGAAAAGAAGAAACUGGAAAAAAAAUUUGUUUCUUUUGAUUUGAAAUUACAUAAGGAAAAUGCGCACUUGGGGUUGUUGUCAAUGACGAAUCUCUUAUUUUCUUCUUUCUUUCGAAACUUUAAGAGGAUGCAUUUGAAUUGAGGAGAAAAUAUCCCCUCGUCGAAAGGAAACCUAAAGGAUUUUCUCACAUUGGGCUCUGUUCGUCUAUCUUAUUACCCGCAGCUUAGAGUGCGGUAUAAAGGAUUCCUUGGAUUAUGAAAAACGUUUAAUAGAAAGAUGGAAGCUACGAAUUCUAUUGAUUUGAACGACUCGACGAAUUUCUAUAACGAAUCGAUGACAAUAGCUCGUUGAUACCAGUGAAAUUAAAUAUACGAAUAAGACUGGCUUUAAGUCAAGAUCGGAUCGAUUACCGAUAAACUGAUCAUGACGCGUAUCGCGAAAAGAUGAUGACCAGCGGUCGUUGAAGACCGCUAGAAAACCAGAUCUAUAGUCAUCUCAGAAUGGAGGAAAACGUUAGUAUCGCAACGAAUGCGACGGUGGAAAAUUUCGAUUUUGCCGAUCCAUGGGUCAUCCUGAGGGCUGUCAUAUUGGCUCUUUUGAUCCUCGUCACUAUCAUAGGGAAUUCGUUCGUAAUAGCGGUGAUCCUAGUGGAACGAAGCCUACAAUCCGUAGCAAAUUAUUUAAUCGUGAGUUUAGCCGUCGCCGACCUUAUGGUUGCCUGCCUCGCCAUGCCACUCGGGGCUGUUUACGAGAUAAACUCGAGAUGGACUCUCGGGCCGGAACUCUGCGACAUAUGGACGAGCAGCGACGUCCUUUGCUGUACGGCAUCGAUAUUGCAUCUGGUGGCUAUCGCGGUCGACAGAUAUUGGGCCGUCACCGAUCUCAAUUAUAUACAGGGAAGGAGUCCAAAGAAAAUCGGUUUCCUGAUUGCCAUGGUUUGGAUUGUUUCUUUGGGAAUUUCAUUGGCACCCCAAUUUGGUUGGAAAGAUCCAAAUUAUUUGGAACGUAUAACAGACGGUGAAUGUCUCGUUUCACAAGAUCCAGCGUAUCAGAUUAUAGCAACAUGCGCAACAUUUUAUCUACCCUGUCUGCUUAUUCUCUUUCUUUACUGGAGGAUAUUUCAAACAGCUCGGAAACGUAUUAGAAAGAGACCAGGAACGAUCGUUCAACCCUCUCGCGAAAGAAGAGGUAUCCUACGGCUGGUAACGAGAAGCAGGCAAAGGGAGGAAUCAACAGCGUUCACUAUAACACGUUCAACCCCGGAUCAUUCGUCGAUUUCACCGGAAAAGUCGUCGUCGUAUAACGACGGAAACGUAGCGCAAUCAGCGGUCGUGAAUGUUACGCCGGUAACGACGAGCACUACAGCAAACUCGUCGAAUUCUACGGGUCAGCCAACGAGCUCAUCAACAGCAACAACAACAGCAACAACAGGAGCAACAACAACGGCAACAACGGCAGGAGUAACAACAACGACGACAACGACACCGGCGACAACAACGAUGACGACGUCAACGAGUAGGCCAAGUUCAGCGUCCACGUCGACGACGGUACGUCAAGCGACAUCGACGAAGAGAAAUCGUGAAACGAUAGAAUCUAAACGUGAAAAGAAAGCAGCCAAGACAUUGGCAAUCAUCACCGGUGCCUUCGUCGCCUGUUGGCUACCAUUCUUUGUUCUCACGCUUCUACGUGUCAUCUGUUAUUGGUGCCAAAUACCCAACGUAGUAUACAAUGUCUUCCUCUGGCUUGGCUAUUUCAACAGUACUCUCAAUCCUGUCAUCUACACCAUCUUCUCACCCGAAUUCAGGCAAGGUUUCAAGAGAAUGCUUUGUGGUAGUUCGAGAGUGACCCGCUGACAUUGGAUUUAAUUUCCUUUCCCUUAAUACCAUUAUUAACGAUAAUUAAAACCAUUACAAUCACUACCACAAUCAUCCACGACAACACCAACGACAUCAUUGGUACUAUUCUCCCUGAAAGGAGGAAGCUUUAGUCUCUUCUUUCUCUGUUUUUUCUUUCUCUUUCACUCUCUCUCUCUCUCUCUCUCUCUCUUUCUCUCUCUCUCUCUCGCUCUUCCUCUCCCUCUCUCUUUCUCUCUCUCCCUCUCUUUCUCAUUCAUGCAUAUGCCUGUGAAAGAAUAAUAGCAGAUAUGAAACUUUCAUAUUUUUUCAAUUUUUUAUUCCUUUCGAUGUGUCUUUUCAAUCAGAAUUUCUUAA